GGUGACGCACCAAUCGUUUUACGACGGUUUGACCUUCGAGCGCCCGCAUCUUUAAUAAUGGACAAGACUGUAGCGAAGCUAAUAAGAAAGCACUGGCUCAUGUAACAUGUCGAAUAAUUCUCAUUCUUUGAGGAUGAAUAAUACACAUUUCUCAGAAUCUGAUAACCCAACAAACUGAACUUCUAACAAAACUACAUUAUCCGUCAUCUGUUUUCUGAUCACGAAACAAAUUUCUGUGUAUAUAAUCAGUCAACAUAAUAGAAAUUAUACCUGUGGCGCUAAAAACAAUUUCCAAUGUGUAUUCCUCAUUACUUGAUUGUCGGUGGUGGUUUGUCCGGUUUAGUUACUUCUUACCUCAUCUCGUUAACCCGACCAUUGGGGAGUUACCGUCUAACAGUUUUGGAGAGUAGCAGUAGGUGGGGUGGUUGGAUUCAAUCAGUUAAGAAUAUGGAUACUGGAUCAAUCUAUGAAAUUGGUCCACAUAGCGCUCGUGCAAAAUCUGCCACAUCAGGUCUUUUGAUGAGAAUAGUGAAAAGUUUGCAUCUCGAAAACUCACUUGUAUGGAUGAGACAGGGUACAGAUGAAGCGAAACGAUUAAUCUAUAUAAAUGGCCAACUGUUGCCACUGUCUGCGUUCAAUUUUUCCACUUUAGAACCAUUCACUAGGUCCAACUGUAGUUUAAUCAUCAGACGGUUAUUUUCUCGACGCCCACCAUCUCAGUCAGACUGGACUGUUGAUGAAUUCCUUCGCUCUCGUUUUGAUUCCGAAUUCGCUGACUACUUUGGCAGUGCUCUGAUGAGAGGUAUCUUUGCUGGUGAUUCACGAAACCUUAGUGCUCGUGCUUGUUUGCCUACGAUGGUGAAGUCGGAAGAAUAUGGACCGAAUCUUAUUCUCGGGAUUCUACUUUCAUCGAUAAACCGAUCUUUAGAUCGUAUCGUUAUACCAAAUAUGAUUGACGACAAACUCCCGCAACUGAAUAACUUGAUUCCAUCUGAUGCGAUUGCCUGGACUUUAUCAGGUGGAUUGGAGACACUGAUUAACACUAUUGUAGACCAUUUAAGUAGGAAACAUCCACACAUCGAUUUGAAGUUAAACUCUUCCGUUGAAAAAUUAAAAUCUCUAAAUGGCUGCUUUGAGUAUACAUACAAGGUCAUCGGUGAUAAUGGUAACGACAAAGAAAAAAAUACAGCCGAUAUAGUCUUUUUUUGCUGCCCAUCCUUCAUUACAGCAAGCAUUUUGGAAAACAUACUGGCUACUGAAACUCUAAGCUAUCUGAAACCCAACUCUAUUCCAUGGGGAAGUAUUGUCAGCGCUGUCUUAGAAAUAGAUGACUCCUUUACUCCCUUAGUACGUGGGUUUGGGCACUUAGUACCGCGUACGGAAGAUGAACAUAUUUUGGGUGUAAUAUACGAUUCCUUUGCGUUCCCGAAAUUGGAUGGAUUUAAUAAAAAUUUACGAUAUACAGUAAUGAUGAAACCAUUUCGUGAAUGGCUCGAAGCCUCCACAAGUUUAGGUUCCUCGGAACACCUGAAAAACACCAUUGAAGAAGUUGCGAAAACCGUCCUUAUAAACCAUCUUAAAAUACCGGCUCCGGUCAUUGUUGGUCGUCAUAUUAGUAUUCUCCGUAACUGUAUUCCCCAGUAUCCUCCAGGUCAUUUAACUAAUAUGGCUAAUUUGCGCAACGGCAUUCGGGGAAUUUCGAAUGGCCAUAGUUCUAGCCGAAGUGGUAUAUAUCUUGUUGGUAAUUCGUACGAUGGCGUUGGGUUGAAUCAUGUUGUCUAUAGCGCUGCAUGUGCAGUCGCAGAAGAGUUCAGUUCAUCUUCAUGAAAAUAGUUUUUUAAAACCACUGUUCACAAACCAACUUAUGUACAAUACUCUGCUUAUUAAUAGCACUAACGUAUGAAGACGUCUGCUAGAAGAUUAUGGAUGUAAAAUAAACCAUAUACAUUUUGAAAAAACCUGUUUCCGGUUUUUGUAUUAAAGUUACUACAUUUUCUUCCUUUUCUUCAGCACAUAACAGGAUCUUGCAAAUUUGUAGUUUAUCAUUGGAAUGCUUAUCAUAUUGUGCAAAUAUAUCCCCACUAAUUGUUUCUUUUAUUUUUUGAACGGAGCGUUUUGGAAACUGGAUUGAAUAGUUGGUGACGAAGAUAGGUAUCUCUUGAUAAGAGAGCUUCCAUAAUUAGAAGUUGCUUGGCCUGUGUGAAGAAAACUACAAAACUGACAGAUCUUGAUUACCAAUGAGAAAAGUGAAUUAGUUAUCAAGUGGAUGACUGUAGGAUUGGUUUAACAUUACCAAAAAACUAUUAUGCUUGAUUUCGAUAUUUAUAUCAAUCAUCCGACAAACAUUAUUAAUCCACUUGUUGUUUUUAAUCUAAGAUCAGAAAUACUGCUGUUCAUUUCAGGUUCUGCAGGAGAUUUUGAGUGAUUCUGUUCAGUAGUAGGUAACUGAAUUAUUUUUAUACCUAAGCUUAAUUAGCUUAUUAUUAGUAGUUAUUUAUUUGAACACAUAAAGGUUUGUACAAAAGGGCACCAGAAUAUAUAUUCGCCACACAAAUCAUUUAAUUUAUGUAUGGGUUGGAAUACUUACCGGGUCCCCGAAGCGAAGCAGUUAGUUUUCUUAGGAGGACCACUCCCUUACUUUUUGACCUAGAGGUCUAAUCCACAAGCCAGCGUAGCAAGGUUAGGGGAUGCGGUCCUGUGGUGGUCGGUGACGAAGAAUAGGUUCAUACGCCAUUUUCUCCCUCAGGAUCUUGGAGUACAUGUUCACCAUUGGCUUAGAAUCGGGGUUUCUCGACGCCCGUAGUUGGAUCUUUUAUAUCCAUCAAUCCGGUUUAAGCGCCGGACAUUAGCUUUUCAUCCUCUCAAUUUCCUAAACACGAGAAGGCGGUGAAUAGGACUCCCCUGCCAACGGAUAUAUACAUGUGGCCGUAUGACAGCGUUUCAAAAAGAGGGGGUGGACUCUUCCAACCCUCGGCCGUACCAGGUCAUUUGCUUAAGCUAGUUGUGUUAAUAGCACAUUGUAUUGUUUAGCAAACCUAAACGUCUAGUCACUUUAGUUCUUCAAAUGUGGGGUGCGAUUCUACAAAAGAAACUUAAAAGUGUUAGCCUGACUCAGUUUGUAAAGUCCUUAAUCUUUGACUGCUCGAUAUUCCCAGCGUCCUUUAGGAAGAAAACGUAGUUCCAGGUGAAUAUUACAUUUUCACCGUCAUCUCAAGUUAGUAUUCUAUUAUUUUGCUAACAAAUGAUUAUUAAGUGGUCAUCAAGUAAAUCCAUUGUUCCUGAUACUCAUCUAUUCGAAUUCAGUUGACCUUAUCCGAUCUUGAAAUAUAUCCCUAUAUCGUAAUAAGGAUCGGUUGUUGUCAUGGGAUUCCCCUCCUUUCAUUAUAUAAAUUGGUCAAAGAAAUAUGUCAGUCAAUUACGUAGCGUCCUGUUCCACGCUCUCAGUUAUAAAUUCUUUCAUUCUUGCAUUUUUUUAGCUUUCCUCCUUUGAUCUGUCCAUUUAUAUAGUUGUUAGUGAGUACUUUUUGACAUUAAUUUUCACUGUACAGAAAUUUAUCUUCAUGUGACUUAAAAGAUUUUGAAAGUGUUCACACGACUUAACAUAUAAAUGUUUAACUCUGGAACAUAAUUUUUCUAAUAUUUGUGCCUUCUUCAUUAAUAUACUAUACAGUUUGUACAUCAGUUUUACAGUAACUACUAUUGUUUCUAGGUUGUAAGCAACUGACGAGAAUUCAUGAAAUAAAUGGAUUCAUAUUAUUC